CGCAAGCAGUCUCUGACCGAGGAUCCCUCCAAGACCUUCGUCUGCACUCUCUGCUCCCGUCGCUUCCGUCGCCAAGAACACCUCAAGCGCCACUACCGUUCGCUCCACACUCAUGACAAGCCUUUCGAGUGCACCGACUGUGGCAAGAAGUUCAGCCGCAGCGACAACCUCAGCCAGCACCAGCGCACUCACGGCGCCGGCACUGUUGUCAUGGGCGUCAUGACCAGCGACAUGACUUCUCAGAUGGCAGUCAACGUUCCAGACGUUGGCUCGGGUGUUCUGCGCCCCAAGAGCGAGUCUCCCGAUGCCAGCGAGCUCGGUGCCAUGCUCUUCGACCACGCCGCCGCCGUUGCCGGUUCCAGCAGCAGUAGCCAGUCGGGCUACGACUCCGCUGAGGACAACAGC